AUGCAGAUUUUUGUUAAGACAUUGACAGGUAAGACUAUCACCUUGGAGGUUGAGUCAUCCGAUACUAUCGAUAACGUCAAAUCCAAGAUCCAGGAUAAAGAGGGUAUUCCUCCAGAUCAGCAGAGAUUGAUUUUUGCGGGUAAGCAACUGGAAGAUGGUAGAACCCUAUCAGAUUACAACAUUCAAAAGGAGUCCACUCUGCACCUCGUUUUGAGAUUGCGUGGUGGUAUGCAGAUUUUCGUCAAGACCCUGACGGGAAAGACCAUUACGCUAGAGGUUGAGUCAUCGGAUACCAUUGACAAUGUCAAAUCCAAGAUCCAAGACAAAGAGGGUAUACCUCCAGAUCAACAGAGAUUGAUUUUUGCGGGCAAGCAACUGGAAGAUGGUAGAACCCUAUCAGAUUACAAUAUUCAAAAGGAGUCUACUCUGCACCUCGUUUUGAGAUUGCGUGGUGGUAUGCAGAUUUUCGUCAAGACCCUGACGGGAAAGACCAUUACGCUAGAGGUUGAGUCAUCGGAUACCAUUGACAAUGUCAAAUCCAAGAUCCAAGACAAAGAGGGUAUACCUCCAGAUCAACAGAGAUUGAUUUUUGCGGGCAAGCAACUGGAAGAUGGUAGAACCCUAUCAGAUUACAAUAUUCAAAAGGAGUCUACUCUGCACCUCGUUUUGAGAUUGCGUGGUGGUAUGCAGAUUUUCGUCAAGACCCUGACGGGAAAGACCAUUACGCUAGAGGUUGAGUCAUCGGAUACCAUUGACAAUGUCAAAUCCAAGAUCCAAGACAAAGAGGGUAUACCUCCAGAUCAACAGAGAUUGAUUUUUGCGGGCAAGCAACUGGAAGAUGGUAGAACCCUAUCAGAUUACAAUAUUCAAAAGGAGUCUACUCUGCACCUCGUUUUGAGAUUGCGUGGUGGUAUGCAGAUUUUCGUCAAGACCCUGACGGGAAAGACCAUUACGCUAGAGGUUGAGUCAUCGGAUACCAUUGACAAUGUCAAAUCCAAGAUCCAAGACAAAGAGGGUAUACCUCCAGAUCAACAGAGAUUGAUUUUUGCGGGCAAGCAACUGGAAGAUGGUAGAACCCUAUCAGAUUACAAUAUUCAAAAGGAGUCUACUCUGCACCUCGUUUUGAGAUUGCGUGGUGGUAUGCAGAUUUUCGUCAAGACCCUGACGGGAAAGACCAUUACGCUAGAGGUUGAGUCAUCGGAUACCAUUGACAAUGUCAAAUCCAAGAUCCAGGAUAAAGAGGGUAUUCCUCCAGAUCAGCAGAGAUUGAUUUUUGCGGGUAAGCAACUGGAAGAUGGUAGAACCCUAUCAGAUUACAACAUUCAAAAGGAGUCCACUCUGCACCUCGUUUUGAGAUUGCGUGGUGGUAUGCAGAUUUUCGUCAAGACCCUGACGGGAAAGACCAUUACGCUAGAGGUUGAGUCAUCGGAUACCAUUGACAAUGUCAAAUCCAAGAUCCAGGAUAAAGAGGGUAUUCCUCCAGAUCAACAAAGAUUGAUUUUUGCGGGUAAGCAACUGGAAGAUGGUAGAACCCUAUCAGAUUACAAUAUUCAAAAGGAGUCCACCCUGCACCUCGUUCUAAGAUUGCGUGGCGGACACUUGAGGAUGAUAGAAUAA